AUGAUGAAAUCAACUACAAUAAUGGCAAGGUCUAUUUCCCAAGAUUCACGUCAUGAAUAUCCAAAUUCAGAUACAAAACUUGAACGAACUCAUUUAAGUGAUGCUCAAUACAUUGAACAGUUAUUAUUUGAAAAUAAAGAGUUGAAAGCAUUAGUUGAUCGACAAAAGAAAAUUAUUGAAAAAUUAAAUAAUCAACUCAAAUCAAGCAAUGGUAAUAAAUUGACAUUGGAUUUGAUUAAUAAUAGAACACCACCACUAUCACAAAAAUCAUCACUUGAUAACCCUGAACCAGAACCUGAACCAGAGCCUGAGCCUGAACUUCAGACAUCAACAGCCACUGAAGUUUGUUUUAAACGUGUGUCAGCUGCAUUGUCUCCAACUUUAGUCACAAUACCAAAAUCACCUCAACGAUCCAUCAGUAAUCAUAGUAUGCAGUUAUCACCAACUAGACAAAUACUUUCUGUACAAAGGCAAGAGAAUAUGGCAGAUGCUACUUCUUCUGACCCUGUGACACAAGAUAUACCAUUGAGAUCAUCUAGAAGAAGACGCAACUCCAAUGAAAGUAAAUCUUUGGAUAAGAAAGCUUCAUAUAUUUCCCUUGAAUCUUCUACUACUCCGUUACAAAUACCCAAUUCAAUGUCUAAUGAAAGCACCCUGUCAUCAUCAUAUCAAACAAAUGGUAAUGGAAGAGCAAAUGAGUAUGCAUCUAUUAAAUCACCAGAUUUUGAAGUGGACUUGGGUAACAUUACGCUGAAGAGUGAUACUAUAAAUAACACUUUUGAUAGUAAAAUGGGGAUGGAUACUACUAUUGGAACUGUUGAUUCAAUUGAUUCUGGUAAAAUUAAUGAAACAGUGGAAAGUCAAUUUAGUACAAUGGAAAGUACGAAAUCACAACUUGAUAUUUCUGGCUCAAGUACUGCUACUGGAACUGGAACUGGAAGUAGCACUCUUGGUGCCGCUGCAUCAUCAUCUUCAACUGGGGUAUCAAAAAUAUAUUCUCAAAGUAAAGGAAUUGCUAGAAGUAGUAGUAGUGUGGGCUCUACUUAUAAAUCGUCACGAAUUAAACCACCAAAUUUGCAAACGAAACCUAGUAACAGUAGUACUGUUGAUCUAGCACCUCCUACGUCGUUGAAAACAGCAGCAUCAAAUAUUAGUUCGCUGGUCGAACAAAAGUCACCUUCAUUGCAAUAUGAUACCAGUCCACAAAUCCAAAGUGAUACCAAUAUCAAGUCACAAUUGGCACCUCCAUAUGAAAUGCUGAAAUCUAAUAAUGAACAAGCGCCACCGGUGCCGCCACCAAAACCAAACUCAAAGCCUACUUUGAAUUUACUGAAUCAAUCAAGCAGGCUGACUGGUGACUCUAAUCAAUUUGCAACGAGUUAUGAUGGACCAGCUACACCAAGACCAACAAUUCAAACACCAAAUACAUCAUCUUUUAACGUUAAUAGUGCUCCACAAACCCCUGGAUCCAGUUUUAAUGUUUUGCACACCCCUAAAACAGAUAUGGAUGAAUCAUCAUUGUUUAUUAAACCAGAUGAGUUCCAUACGAUAUUUAUUUCCGUUAUCAGUACUAUUCAUGUUGAUUUGAUGAAUCAAACUCUGAAAAAAAGUGACGAUCCAAAUGUUACCAUUACAAUCAAUGAUCGAGAAACAAAUAAAGAGAUGUGGAAAAUACGGAAAACUUUUUCUCAAUUGGUUAUAUUUGAUUCAGAAAUACGACCAAUUGUAGAAUAUUUUGGAUUACCUCCAUUACCUGAUAAACAAUUAUUUGUUAGUUCGACACCAGCAAAAAUUGAAACGAGAAGAUUGGCUUUACAAAAUUAUUUUAAUUCAAUAUUUGUCAUGCCUCAUAUUCCACGAAUGGUUUUAUAUUAUAUUUGUCGAUUUUUAUCAUUAGAUUUUGUUAAUCCGUUAGAUGAUUUCAAAAGUGGAGCUAGAAAGGAAGGUUUCCUUGUACGUCGUUAUAAAGGUUUAGGAGCAACUUGGAAAAUACGUUGGUGUCAAGUUGAUGGACCGUAUAUGGAAAUAUAUGAAAAUCCUGGAGGUUCUAUAUUGGAACAAAUUCAAUUAACUGGUGCUCAAAUAGGAAGACAAUCAUCAGAUGCCGUUGCUGAAGAUAAGGGGUAUCGUCAUGCAUUUUUAAUUAUGGAAUCACUGAAAUCUUCUAAAUUACAUUCAUCAGUUCCUAAACAUUUCUUUUGUGCUGAAUCUAAUGAGGAAAGAGAUGAUUGGGUCACUGCAUUAAUUGAAUUUACCGAGGAUGCAUCAGAAUCAAUAGAGAAUUCACCACAACAACCGCAAUACCAUCAACAACAACAGUAUGAUAGAUCCAGUGCCUAUGAUUCAUUAAGUACUCCAAGUACAAGGUAUGACCAUACUAAUGAUGAUUUGAAACCAAAUAGUCUGAAUAUAUUUGCUACACCAGCAUCUAUAGCUGCUUCAGUUGCUGAUCUGUUGUCGACAUAUACAAUGGGUGUUGUUGGUGGUGAAGAUCAAUCACAAAAACAAAAACCCAAGAAGAGAAGUUAUUUCCCAUUUAGAACAAAGACUAAUUCAUCUAAUGAUGAACCAGAAGAUCAACACAGUCAACAUAGUCAUCCAGAUAAUAAUAAUCAUCUUCUGUUGCCAAAUACAGGAAUGAUAAAUAGUCAAAAUACGUAUACACAACAGCAGUACCAACAACAAUACCAACCAUCUGGAUAUCCAAAUGGACAUCAACAACAACAACAACCAUCUUCUUCAGGAUUUUCAGGUUCAGAAGAUAAUAUGCAACAAUAUUUAAGUCAAAUGAAACUUGAUGAAGAUUCCGCCAAGAAAAUAUUUGGUAGUGAAUUAGAAAUUGCAUUUGAAUUAUCAAAUCAUGAAUUUAUGGGGAGGAAAAUUCCUAGUAUUUGUUAUCGAUGUUUAGAUUUUUUAAUGAAAACGGGAGCAAUUUAUGAAGAAGGUAUAUUUCGAUUAUCUGGAUCAGCAUCAAGUAUUCGACAAUUGAAAGAUCAAUUUAAUACUCGAUAUGAUGUUGAUUUAUUUCAAUCUUCAUUAAAACCAGAUAUUCAUACCGUUUCUGGACUUUUCAAAAGUUAUCUUCGAGAAAUGCCUACUCCGAUAAUUGGUGGUAAUGCUGUAAAUCAUUUAAGUGCUUUAGUUUCCCAUAAUACUUAUCAACAACAACAACAAGCAACAGGGAUGUCGAAUUCGGAUUUGGCAAUUGUAUUUAGAGAUUAUUUUAAUGAUGUUAAUAAUGUUGAUCAAAUUCAUUAUGAUUUAUCAUUUUUGGUGUUUAGUUUUUUGAGACAAAUUAUUCAACAAAGUGAUAUUAAUCGAAUGACAUUGAAAAAUGUGGGCAUUAUAUUUGAACCAACUUUAAAUAUUAAUGUUGAAGUUCUUUGUAUAUUUUUGGUUGAAUUUGAUACUAUUUUCGGUGUAUAG